AUGACUUAUGGAGAUUUAAAUUCACGUUCGAUUAUUUUUUGUAAAUUACGUUAUUAUAUAACUCAUAUUUUAGCUCAAACAUCAAGAUAUUAUCUUGUAUUAGCAUGUUUUGAUCGUUUUCUAUUGACAACAAUGCAUUCAUAUUCUCAAUUUAUUACUAAAACAUCAACAGCAAAAUAUUUAAUAUUUAUUACAUUUAUUAUUUGGCAUAUCUUUCUUUUGCAUAUAGUUAUUUUCAUAAGAAUUAAUAAUGGACAAUGUAAACAAUUCGGCCUUUAUUAUAUAUUAUAUUAUACUUAUAUGUUAGUUUUUGUUUGUUUAAUUCCAUUAAUAUUAAUGAGUAUAUUUGGUUAUUUGACUUAUUAUAAUAUGAGAAAAUUACAUAUGCGUAUUCAACCAAGGGAUCUUGAUCGUAAUAAAAGAAACAUACGAAAACGUGAUCAAGAAUUACUUAGAAUGGUACUUGGUGAUGUUUUUGUUAAUCUUUUAACAUUAUUUCCAUAUUCAUUUGUUAUAUUGGAAACUGCUAUAACAACAUAUAUAAGCAUGAAUAAAAGUAUUGAUCAUAUUCGAAUUGAAAAUUUUAUUACGGUAAUAACAUCAUUUUUAUAUCUUUCAAAUUUUGCUGCUCCUUUUUAUAUUUUCUUUACAAUAUCAAAAUCAUUUCGAAAAGAUUUCAUAGAAUUUAUUCAACAUAUUCGACAUGCUCUAACGACUGUGAAUGAAGGAACAAUAGCAACACAAACAAGACGAUGA